AUGAUAAAGGAUGUCGUACGUCAUCGUACUGAAGCGCACUUCCAGUGCACUUCCGGCCAAGGUGACAUCUCCAAGGACGUGCAGCACGCCUGGGCGUAUUUAGCAAAACUAGGAAGCGUUCCACAUUCUGGUUUGCAGUUCCUUUACCUUGUCGACCUGCCGGCCAGGUUCUUGCGGGCGCAACGGGACCGCGACAACGCAGAGGUUGCAGGGGCUAUUGUUGAGGCCAGAGUCCGUCUUGCUGUAUCGGUUCGCCGCACAUGCUUUGUCUGCAACGCGAAGGCACUGGGACGGGCUCAAGGGCUCAAGGGAGCAGAUGCAAGUUCAGUCCAUUCCGGAAUGUGA